GCUGACCUCUCAGCAGACCUUCUCUGGCAAAGGAGGUCAGCUUAGCCACGACUGACCGAUUCCUUUGAGAGCCUGUUAAAGGAACCAGUGUCUCCAGGAUCUCUAUUCUUUUGUGGUCACGGUGCUCUUUUCAUUUUGCUUAGCCAUACCAAAGUUUCUCCUUUUUGCUAGGUUUUCUCCCUAAUUAUUUCUGGAAAUUCUCAAGGAAUGCUUCCGUAUUCCAUACAGCUGCCCUCCCAUUCUCUCACCACUUCCUGUUCCAGACGGGUCUAUCUAGAGACUUCUGCUAUUUCCGCCCUCAGUCCUGACGUUCCUAGGCUGCAGCAGCCCUAUUGGGCCAAGCACCAGCCCGGGACCAGGGCUUUCCUUUAAAGCCCCAAGAAUGGAGGAAGGCCACACAAUCACUUUGAAUGUGACUUUGCUAAAGGCCUGGGGAUAAUAGAGGGAAUGGUGCAGCAAGAAAGAGAUCUGAAACCCAGUUCCUGGAGUCUGUUCCAGUGUUCCUCGUGCCGGCGAAAUUGGGCUUCUGCUCAAGUGCACAUCCUCUGUCACAUGCACCUGGAGCCCCGGAAGUCCCAGGGCCAGGUGAUUAUGCGGCUCUUUGCUCAGAGGUGUCAGAAGUGUUCCUGGUCUCGAUUUGAGAAUCCUGAAUUCUCUCCAGAGAGUGCCAUGCGGAUUCUGAAAAAUGUGGUGCGGCGUAUUCUGGAGAAAUUCUAUGGGAAUGGCUUUAGGAAGUUUCCAGAGCUCCCCAUCAUCAAGGAGGUGCCUUUGGAUGGGUCCCAUGACACAAAAAAUUGUGAAGCAUGCACUCUGGGCUGCUGUUCGUGGAGGUCACAAAACAACAUGACAGAACCACCAAUAUCCCCAUCCUCCUAUUUGGAUGUUAUGGGUUCCUCAUGUCACAUGGGUGAUGUGGACAGCAAAAACCAGGAGUGUGGGUCUAUCCAGGUCUUUAAGGAGCCAGAGCCCAGCCAUACCACUGCAGAGACUCAAGUACCAGGGGCUGGCAUUCAGCCCGCAUGGGAGACUAGCAAACAGCCCACUCCAAUGACAGACAGGGAGGCCCCAGAGGGAAAUUCACAAUCCACACAGGAAACAGCACCGCAGACCCCCUGGAGGACAUACUCUGAGGUUUUAAGGUUGUCCCGCCAACAGUCUACGCAACAGUCACGCUCACAAGCCACAUGGACCAUGUCAACGAUGAUAGGGUCAUACACUCAGACUAGAGGAAGAACAGCCCCCUCUGCACUAGGGUCACACUUACAUCAUCUCACACCCAGGACAGCUAGAGGGUUUGUGAUUGUCAGUAGAACUCAAGCUACCUGGAGACGUUCACACAGAUACGCUGUUCCAAACACCGGUCGCAUGUACCUUCAUUCCAUGCAACGAGAUACAUUCUCUGAACUGGAUGUAUUUUUAUACCUCUGGGUCUGUAUUGUUUUGUUCUUUGUCUUUGUAGGCAAAAACUCAGAAGCUGAAGGAGGGAAAUAAGUUUGUCUUCUUUUCUUCCAUCUUAAUUCCAUAGUAAUCAGUGAACUGGUUGCUAUUUUAAUAUGAUACAGAAUAUACUUUGAGAUCUAGCAGGGUCAAGUUUGUAAGAAUAAACACUAGUUUCCUAGAUCUCCUUAGCAGAUAGUCUAAAACAUAACCUAGCAGAUAAUGGACCAAUAAAAAAUAUUUGUUGAAUCACUAAAAGCUCUUCACUCAUUCAUCCACUCAUUCAUUUCUCUCUCUGUGUCUCUAUCUUGACAUAUCUUCACAAGAACUGAGGGUCAUUAGUGUUAGCAGAGAGUUAUUGUGGUAGGCAGAAUAAUAGACCCCAAAUAUAUACAUUCCCCACUUCCCAGAACCUGUGCAUAUGUUACUUUACAAGGCAAAAAGGAUUUUGUACAUGAGAUUAAUUUAAGGGUUUUGAGAUAAGGAGCUUAUCCUACAUUAUCUGGAUGGAUGCAGUGUAAUCACAAUGGUCCUCAUCAGAGGGAAGCAAGAGUGUCAAAGUGGGAAAAAGGAAAUUUAAUGAUGACAGCAGAGCUUGGAAUGAUGGCCUCUAAGGAUGGAGGAAGUGGCCAUGAGCCAAUGAACGCAGACAGCUCACAGAAGCUCUUAAAGACAAAGAAACAGAUUUUCCUCCAGAGGCUCCAAGAGGACCCAGUUGUGCUGACACAUGACCUCAGCCCAAUGAGACUGAUUUUAGAGUUUGGAUCUCCAGAACUGUAAGAUAAUAAAUUUGUGUUGUUUUAAGGCCCUAAA